AUGCCGGUUGCCAAAGGCGCAUUCAGAACGCGUCAGAAAUUCAAGAAAGUUAUAGCCGCUUACGCUAUAUAUACGAAGCGCUCUACAACUUUUCUUGACUUCGUUUUGGGCAUUAAUAGACCUUGUGCACCUUUGGUGGUUGUUUUGACGACCCAAGAGCCAAUCAUGGCCCAGUAUUGGCCAAAUGCCGGUUGCCAAUGGCGCAUCCAGAACGCCUCAGAAAUUUCAGAAAGUUAUAACCGCCUACGCUAUAUAGACGAAGCGCUGUACGACUGUACAACUGACUUCGUUUGGGGCGUUAAUAUACCUUAUGUACCUUUGGUGGUUGUGUUUUUUUUGACGUGA